AUGGUUCUCGCCAUGCUGGGGGCUCUGUACCCCAGGGCCGCGAUGAGCCGCCGACGCCUCCUCAGCCUCAUCCUGGCGGCUGCGCUCCUCUGCCCCGAGGCGCUAAGACCUCAGCGAUCUGUUCCUGAGGAAUUUUCAGCCCCCCUGGAACUCUUGGAGCCACUUUCUGGCCUGGUGGACGAUUAUGGGGUGCGACCCAAGCACCCACGGCCACGACGGCCUCGACCCCUUCUCUCCUGGGCCCAGCAGCGCAAGCGGGAUGGGCCGGACAUGGCUGAGUAUUACGAUGCACACCUGUGA